GUUGGAGGGACUGGCCGUCGAGGAUUCCCUGAUACACCAUCACUUCUAUAAAUUUUGGUCUACAAACGCCAAGAUGAAGUACGUUCUGGUUUCAGGAGGUGUUAUCUCCGGUGUGGGCAAAGGCAUUAUUGCCUCUAGCACUGGUCUUCUGCUGAAGACCAUAGGCCUCAGAGUUACAAGCAUUAAAAUUGAUCCGUACAUCAAUAUCGAUGCUGGGACAAUGUCCCCAAUUGAGCACGGCGAGGUCUACGUAACAGAUGAUGGUGGCGAGAUGGACCUUGAUCUCGGCAAUUAUGAGAGAUAUCUUCUCACCACACUCACCCGUGACCACAACAUCACGACUGGCAAGAUCUAUCAACACGUCAUUGAAAGAGAGCGCAUUGGCCAGUAUCUCGGAAAAACCGUUCAGGUGGUUCCUCACAUCACCAACGCCAUUCAGGAUUGGAUUGAGCGGGUCGCCAAAAUACCCGUUGACGAUUCCGGGGCCGAACCCGAUGUCUGCAUUAUUGAGCUGGGUGGUACGGUGGGAGACAUUGAGAGUGCCCCAUUUAUCCAUGCCGUCAGCCAGCUCCAGAGACGGGCUGGCAGGGGCAACUAUGCGCAGAUCCAUGUCUCAUACGUCCCUGUCCUGCCACCAGGACCUGGAGGCGAACAAAAGACGAAGCCGACACAAAGGGCCGUUAGUGACGUCCGAAGUGCCGGCUUAAACCCAGACCUAAUCGCCUGCCGUUGUGAGCAGCCGUUGGAGAAGAGUACAAUCGAAAAGAUUGCAAACAUGUGCCAGAUGGACCGAAAGCAGGUCAUCGCUGUGCACAACGUGUCUACGACUUACCAUGUGCCCCUCCUUCUCGAAAGGCAGAAGCUCCUAAACACCCUCAGCGACCUGCUCGAUCUCACAUCCGUCCAAUUGCCGACCCAACGUAUCGAGCAGGGCGGCAAAAUGUGGAAGAAUUGGGUCGAUCUCGCCCAUAGCCAGGACCAUCUCCGCGAUACGGUGUCAAUCGCACUAGUGGGCAAAUACACCUCUCUUCAUGACGCGUACACGAGUCUGAGCAAGGCAUUCGAGCAUUCCGCCAUGCACUGCCGCAAGAAGCUCAAGAUUAUCUGGGUGGAUUCGUCGCAUCUCGAGGACGAGACCCUGGAGGGCGCACCGGCCGAAUUCCACAAGGCGUGGCACGACGUCUGCACAGCUGAUGGCGUCUGUGUCCCUGGCGGAUUCGGUACCCGAGGCACUCUAGGCAUGAUUAAGGCUAUUACGUGGGCGCGCACAAAAAAAGUGCCGUACUUGGGAAUUUGCCUCGGUAUGCAGCUCGCUGUCAUCGAGUAUGCUCGCAACGUCCUCGGAAUCGAGGACGCCGGAAGUGAGGAGCUACACCCCAACGCCAAGAACCACGCUAUCGUUUAUAUGCCCGAGGUGGACAAGACUAAGCUUGGCGGAACUAUGCGCCUGGGCAAGCACCCCUGUAUCUUCCAGCCCGGUACUGAGUGGUCGCGGCUGAGGGCGCUGUAUGGCUCGGCGCCGCAGAUCUUGGAGCGGCAUCGUCACCGUUACGAAGUCAACCCAGAAAUGGUGGACCAGAUCGAGGCGGCUGGCCUCAGCUUCGUUGGCAAGGAUGUCAAGGGUGAGCGCAUGGAGAUUGUCGAAAUCCGCGACCACCCCUGGUUCGUCGGUGCACAGUAUCACCCCGAAUACCUUUCUCGCGUCCUACAGCCCUCAAAGACUGUGCUAGGAUUCUUCGCCGCUGCUGCCGGAUGCCUGGAUGAAGUUACACAGACAAUCAGCAAGGACGCAUAGAGCUGCGUCCAUGGAUCCUAGGCGGUUAACCUGUGUUUAAGCUAUAUGCAGGGUUACAUUAUUUAUGAGAGAGACGGUGGGCGUUAAUAGGACCAAGAUUUAUAGAGGUAGAAAUCUCUGUGCAACACAACAGAUAUAAUAAAUAAAAUAGACUACUGGCAUUACCAUGCUGAUUUACAC